UUUCCCGCUGACCUCAAAGGACUUGCCACUGCAACACUGUUCUUGGUGUGUUGACAUUGCUUGAGCUUUAUUAUAAUGUUUUAAUACACAAACUAUGGAUCAAAAUCUCAUCCAUCUCAAGCUAGAUGCCUCUGCUGCAGCCUCAAUCGAUGAAUACUGGGAAUACAAGAAGAUAGUUGGAGAUGAUGAUGGCGGGAAACUGUUUUCUCCAGAAGAAUAUGAGGAAUAUAAAAAGAAAGUACUUCCUCAAAGACUAAAAAACCGACUUUUCGUUAGCUGGACUAAUCCCGAUGGUCUGGACUGCAAGCUUGUUGGCCCAGAAACACCAUGCUUUUGUGAACACAGAUAUGUUCAACACAAGACAGACUACUCAUCACUUCCAGACACUAGACCUAUCCCUGUGCCAUGUAAAGUGGCUGGCUGCAAAUGCAGGCAUUAUAACUUUGUUCCUAAAAAUGGAUCACAACCAAUUAGAUGCCAAUGCAAGCACUACACUGAUGACCACUCAGAGUGUAGUCCUCACCGCUGCCUCAAAGGCUGCAAGUGCAUCGCUUUCAAGAGCUCCUUUACAUGUGGAUGUGGGUUCCCCACCCAUGAACACAAAACCAUCGUGGAGACAAAGGAAGAACGUAAAUCCAGAGGGCACCCUGUUGGACAAGAUGUCCCGUAUGCGGCCAUGGGUGGAAUAACGGGCUUCAGCUCAUUGAUGGAAGGCUAUAUGAGGCUGGAUGACAGUGGUAUUGGACCACCCCCAUUAGAGUUGCUCAACCAAGCCCCUGGGCCUCAUGAUCACGCGUUUCUCAAGGCCUACGGAGGCCUCUCGUUAGAGGAUGGUCCUGGACAGGGAAGGGGUGCGGUUGCUCGUCGUACGACAGAGGAGGAGGACAUGGCCUGGUUUGAGAAGCGAUAUCAAGAACGGAGGAAAGCAGAGAGAGAAUGGUCUCGUGCAAAACCACAACCUGCAAAAUUGGCGGCAGCGUCAUCUAGCGGACAGAAAAGCCCCAAAGUCUCCCCACGAGGACUCGCCAGUAAACCAUCUGGUAGACCAGGAGGCUCGGCACAACAGAGGCUUCGCUAGACCACUAAGGUCAGCACAGUAGAGGCUUAGCUAGACCACUAAGUGACUUUGGCUUGGUUGGAUUUAUUUGGGUGACAGGGUACCGAAGGUCUGCUGCGCAAAAGCAAGUACUGCUCCGCAAAACACGAGGGUUUCCAGAGCACUCAAGUCCGUACAGCCAUUGCGAGAAGGAGACUUUCCGGGAAACACAACUGGCGCGUCGACACCAGCAACUAAAAAUAUGAAAAUAAAACGAUUCUCAGUAAUAUUUAAAAAAAGGUUAGGAGGAUAAAGUGGUUGUAGAGGCAAGAAAUGUAAGGAGGAUGUAGUGGUUGUAGAGGCAAGGGCAACUCUCUAGAUAGGGAGGAUAGAA